GCAGGGAGACAGGGAGAGAAAUAUCAAUGUCUCGGGGACCCCCUACUGGGGACCUGACCCGCAACACAGGUGUAUGUCCUGACUGGGAACCAAACCAGCGACUAUUUGGUUCACAGGCUGGUGCUUAAUCCACUGAGCCAUACCAGCCAGGGCCCCCCAAAAUUAUGUCACAGGUGGGCACAGAUAACCAGGUUCUUGGUGAUCGUGGACAAAGAGCUGAACCAAACACACAGAGUUUAUAGCAGAGAGAGCAGAUUUUCUAAGUGAUACUACACUCCACAGAACAUGGGAGCAGGCCAUCUCCGAGCAAAGAUUGACCUCAGGGGCUGCAGGGAUUCUAUUCUUAUAGGGUGGAUCCUUCCUGGCUAGUUUCGGCGGGCUCUUACUGUGCAUGGACAAGUAGUUGUAUUACAUUAAAGCUACUGUGCAUGUGAUCUCCCAUGAUUUUCCUUGAUUGGCCACGAGAGAAGGGGGUCACACAAUGUUAAUUUAUUACAAUGAAGCAGGGGUCAUGUAGCAUCUUCUGUGAAGGUGCAUGCAUGAGUCACCAUGAUUCAGGGCUUUUCCAGAAAGCUGAAACAACUGGUCUUAGGACAGGGUCUCUGUCCUUUAUCGAUGUCCUUUAUCUUAGAGAGUUUCCUCCUUCCCGACUAUCUCCUGUCUCAACUCUCCCCCUGAGAGACCUGGUUCUCUAAAAUCUUUGUGGGGUUGUUGAAGGGCGAAGAGAAGAUCAUUCUCCUGUAACUUUUCUGGCUUAGACUGGGCAGUGGACCCGGCCUAACAAGAACCACGAAACUCUCGCCCUAUUCUGUUUAGAGGUUGAAGAGGGGCUCCUGAGGCCACUGCAGAUGCUGGAUGUUGGUCAGCUCCACAUCACUGUCAGGGAUUGGCUGGGAACUCUGGAGCAUCAUCAGUUUGGUGUGGAACUGUAUCUCUAAAGAAGUGUCUGACAUCUUUAAUGCUCCUAGUGAUGAUGAAGAGUUUGUCGGCUUCCAAGACGAUGUUCCCACGGAAACCCGCCCAUUGGAGGAGAGCUGCAAUAGUCUGGGCUCCCUGGAGUCAGGGAGACAGCAGAGUGUGCCCUUCCGUUCCAAGUACUUCACGGAAGAGCUAAGAAGAAUCUUUGUAGAGGACACUGACUCGGAGGAUUUUGAGGGAUUCACACAGAGUGAUCUGAACGUAAACAGUGUCUCGGACGUAAAGUUCGAGGAGUCCGAUUUGGGUGAUGAUGGUAAGGCAUUAGCAGUGAAUGAGGAGGCGGAAGAUGAUGAAGAAGAAAAGGCUACACCUAGAAGAAGCAGGCCUAGAAGAAGCAGUAUUGGUCUUCGAGUAGCGUUGCAAUUCCCCACCAAGAAAUCAACCAAAAAAAUGGACAAAAAUGAUUCUUCUGAGCCGCUGUUUUCUAGCUCACACCUACCGGACAAUAAAAAAAACAGUCUUGGGAGAAAAAGAAGUUAUGAAGAAGGGGAGGAAAGGGAAGAUUCUGCCUCUGAGUGUGAGGAUGAGGGCCAGGAGAACUCGGAUGCGCUGCUGAGAAGGGCCAUGAACAUCAAGGAGAACAAGGCCAUGCUUGCUCAGUUAUUGGCGGAGUUGAACUCAGUGCCCGAUUUCUUCCCUGUACGAACCCCGAACUCGGCUUCUAAGAGGAAAACAGUGAGGCGGGCCUUCUCCGAGGGGCAGGUCACCAGGCGCAUGAACCCCACCCGGAGCGCACGGCCGCCGGAGAAGUUCGCUCUGGAAAACUUCACUGUCUCGACCAGCAAGUUUGCAGACGAGUUUUACGGUUUCAGAAGAAGGAAGACAAUUAGUGGGGGGAGGUGCCAGGGCACGAGACGGCGCCACCGGCUGUCUCCUUUCCGGGCAGUGGAGGACAUCACUGAGGAGGACCUGGGAAACGUGGCCCUGACCGUUCGAGAUAAAAUCUACGAUAAAGUCCUGGGUAACACGUGCCACCAGUGUCGCCAGAAGACCAUUGACACCAAGACGGUGUGUCGGAACCAGAGCUGCGGAGGGGUGCGGGGACAGUUCUGUGGGCCGUGCCUGCGGAAUCGCUAUGGGGAAGACGUGAGAUCGGCACUGCUGGACCCGAACUGGAUCUGUCCUCCCUGCCGUGGGAUCUGCAAUUGCAGUUACUGUAGGAGGCGGGAUGGCCGCUGUGCUACGGGGAUCCUCAUUCACCUGGCCAAGUUUUACGGUUACGACAACGUGAAGGAGUAUCUGGAGAGCUUACAAAAGCAGCUGGUGGAGGACAAUUAAGAGAAAGAAGAACCAGCCAGCUCACCUUGCGUACUCCCACAAGAUGUGCCCUACGUACCAUUUGUGCCUAAGAUUUUUUUUAUGGUUGUGUUUUUAUAUAGAAACUCUUAGUAGAUCUAAAUACUAUUUGUUUUAAAGAUUGUUUAUAUGCUUACAAAGAUUUCUCAGGAAGACAGCUAAGCACCUCGAGGAAUCUAUGUACGCAGGACUGUUUGAAUUGUUAAGUGUCUAAUUGUUAAGUGUCUGCCGAUGAUUAAAAAGCACAGUUAAAGUUCAGGUAAGUUUGAGAAAACCCUGCGUAAGGAACUCUUGCUGUUGACGUCGCCUUGAUACUUUACUUCCCAAGCAGUAACUCCAGGCCACGUUUUUACAGGGGUUACUGCCCUGACCUAAGGUAAGGGGUUACCUUACCUUAGUUCAAGCCACAUGGUUUCAACCUCUGUGUGAUUAGAAAUUUAAAUUGACAAACGUUCCCCUAAAUUACAAAGUGCAAUUAACCACAGAACUUGAGUGUUCUGGAGUUUUACAUUUUAUUAAAAACUUGAAUGGAAAGUGGACUGUCAGUUUCCAACACUGGAGGCCUUGGAGCGCCUGCUGCUUGGGGCCAGUCACUUCUAUAAAUGUGAGAGCUGACUUUUAAUUUAAAAAGAUUUUGUUUAGUAUCAUCUAAACACGAAUCCCACUUACUGACCAGAGACUUCUAACCCCACUGUGUUCGAGGUUGUGUUCUCAGUGGAACCUCCAUGACCACGUGACAGGUGCUGUGUGUGUGUGUGGUGGGACUGGUGCUGGGGAGACUUAAAAAUUAACAUGUUCUGACAGGGUUUGGCUUCUUUCUCUUCCCCUCUUUAAGGAUGGUGUUUUAAAAAAAUUAAUGCACGGUUACUUACAAGUUGCAGAAACUGGAAUGUCUUAUGCCUGUCCGUGGGAUAAAGUGCAGAACAAACAACGCAGUGACACUGACACCAUGGAAACCCUCGCUGUAUCCCAGCUGAGGGUGACCUAGGCCUCCAGCAGCAGAGCCACGCCUGCUAGGACCCAUUUGGCCCUCUUCUCUUUGCUCCUCAACCUGAAGGUCCAGAUGUAGUUGGGGCCCCUCGUUUUGGUUCUGUACACUGGGCACUCGUAGGUGUGCUUGGUUUCCUGUCUGUCCACGGGGACAGCUUUGGCAAAGAUGACCGGCAUCGCCGAUGUCAGCUCCUUGAGGCGGGCUUCCACGAUGGUUCCUGCCUGGGCGUCCCAUCUCGCACCUGCAGCAGAAACAUAGGUCGCCGU